AUGCGUUUCCUCGCGACUGCACUUCUUACCGUCUCCCUUCUCACCUCUCUAGUAGCAAGCGGAACCCUUCAACAGCUUGAGCCACGAGCUAAAGCUGCUGACUGCACGGCUCCAGUGAACUGCUGGAGCUUAUACAUGCGCUGGGAUAUGGACCCUAAAGCCGAUCGGAAAGAUUUUGCGUUGGUUCUUCCGAGAAAGCCCAAAGACCUCGAAAUUGUCGACAAGGACUGCAAUAUUGUCAAGACUUCUAUAGAACAAUCCGAUCCCAAAGGACCAAUUACCGUUAAGAUGGAGGGAAAAAAUCCCGGCGAUUUGAUCAUCACUCACGCUACUGGCUAUGGUAAGCCCAUUUUUACAUAUAAUAAUGGUGACUAUGGUGGAGAUGAUUGCGGGUGGAAUACGGGACUCGAUUGGGCUUCAUACAACUGUCUAUUUCUCUUCGACGACUGA